UCAUAUCUGUUUCACGUGUUCUAAUAAAAUGUAUCACGGGUAAAGAUUUAAAUAGCGCAAAAUAAAAUAGUGAAGAUAAUUGAAACAGACUGUAUAUAUUGACUAUCUUAGUAGGUCAAUAUUUCUAGUUUCGGUAUUGUCGCUGUGUCAGUCGUCAGCAAUGGAGUUCCUUGUAAUAUUCACAAUCUGUUUGAUUACAAUAGAAAAUGUGCUUUGUCUUCCAGUUGAAAUGCCGACUGCAUCUUAUUUACAACAAAGAGCUCAAAUUGUGAACGGAGAAGCCAAUAUGAAAGUGGGAGGGAGCAUUCAAUUAUCUGCUCGAGAACAACAGGUUAAUCGAAUACUAAUGGCUGCUAAAACAAAAGAGAUCAACAGCUCUAGAACAGUAAACGGUCCAUUAUUUCUACCUUCCAUUCACUUUUUCCAUGGAAAAGGGUUAAUUGAAAAAAGCGAGGUUUUCCGGAUUAUCAAGGCAAUGCCAAAAGGUGGCGCCCUCCAUCUACAUGACUGUUCCAUGGCUGAUAUCACCUGGCUUGUGAAGACAGUCACCUACAUGGAUCAUUGCUACAUGUGUACAGAUCAAAACAAUCAUAUUCAGUUCCACUUCUUUCAAACUCCUCCUUCAAAUCCAGGUUGCCCAUGGAAAUUGAUUGCCACAGAGAGACAAACCGCUCCAAAUACAGAGCAAUUUGACCAAAUGUUGUACAACAGUAUGUCCCUGAUCGUGCCUGACCCUGUAAAGACUUACCCCACCAUAGACGUUGUUUGGAAGGAGUUCCUUAGAAUCUUGGAUGUGGCUAAUGGACUCAUCAACUAUGCACCCGUGUUUGGAAAAUAUUUUUACGAGUCCCUGAAAGAAUUUCAUGAGGAUAAUGUUCAAUAUCUAGAAACAAGGGCAUUGCUUCCUGUGGUCUACAAUUUAGAUGGCAGUACUAUUGACAACAGAACAUGGGUGAUGGAGACUUACAAACAGAAUCUGGACCAGUUUUUGAAAGACUACCCAGAUUUUACAGGUGCUCGAAUCAUCAGGUCUGGCCUCAGAUUUGUGAAAACGAGUGAUGUGCUACAGCAGGUUAAGGAGUCUAUAGCCAUGUUACAACAGUACCCACAAGUCUUUGCUGGCUAUGACCUGGUGGGACAGGAGGACCCUGGGACCCCUCUUAUUGACUACCUCGGUGCCCUACUCUAUCCGUCACAGCAAAACAUCAAAUUACCUUAUUUCUUCCAUGCAGGGGAGACAAACUGGGAGGGGACACCCACUGACAACAACCUCAUAGAUGCUGUCCUCCUUAACACAAGUCGUAUCGGCCACGGCUACGCAUUAACUAAACACCCCGAGACGAUGAGGCUUGUCAAGAAUAAAGGAAUAGCUGUAGAGGUUAAUCCCAUAUCUAACCAGGUUUUAAAACUAGUGGAUGACCUAAGGAAUCACCCUGCAGCCAGCCUCAUCGCCCAGGGUUUUCCAGUGGUAAUCAGUGCUGAUGAUCCUUCAGUGUGGGGAGCCCGUGGACUGUCGUACGACUUCUACAUGGCGUUUAUGGGUCUGGCUGGUGCUGAUGCUGAUUUGGCAAUGCUGAAAAAACUAGCCAUCAAUUCACUAGAAUACAGCGCCUUGUCACCUUCGGAGAAGAUGAGUGCCAUUUACCGAUGGCAGUACAAGUGGGAGCAAUUCAUAGAGAAGACCUUGGGCAACGAACUCCAUCCUCUCCCAUUCAUUGGCAGAUACUGAUGUAGCGGAUAGUCAAUUUAUAUAUGACAAGAUGUGAACAUUUAAAAAAGCAAAAGUUAAAAAUCUUUUCCAAAAGGAGUUGUUUCACUUUAGAAACUUUUGUCGACUAGUUACAGAAAAGCGUUUGUUUAUCAUUCAGUGAUAAAUAAUCUGGUUUAAUGAAUCGUUAAUGAUUUUUUUAAUUCAUUCUAUAAAUGUAUACACAAGUUUGGAAAGUGACUCUUUUUUAACCAACACUACAUGUAUGGUAUUGAUUAUUUACCUGUACAUGUACUUUGUUAGGUUUUGUUGUAAUAAGUAUUUUUGGUUUUGGUGUUAUUAAUCACAGUUGAUAGACUGUUGUAUAUGAUAAUUUUUCAAAUUGCAUGCAAUAAUUUACAACUGGUUUGUCGAGGAAAUAUAAUGUAACCUGGUACAAUUGUAUUAUAACAAUCAUUUGUGUGCAUGUUUUAAAUUAUCCCCAAUUUAAAUUUACCAAGAAUAUUCAAUAGUGAAUGUUACAUGUUAAUGUUUUUUACUAGUGUUAAGUGGUGUCAAUGUUACCCUUUGUUAAACAUCCCCUUGCUGUCACUUUUAAUCCUAAUUAACCAUACAUUGUUUAUGAUGAUAAAAUGUAUAUAUCAACAGUUAUACUAACUAUUGCAACUAAUAUUUUUACAAUGGUUUAUGAUGUAAAAGUGCUGGUAACUCUUUGUUCUGUUUCCCUGUUACAUGUGUGGUAGGUUUGUACAAAGGAUUACAGUCGCCUUCUAGCUUCGAGCUAGAGGGAAUUUCCCUUUAGCUCAGUGUUAGAGUGUCCGACUAGGAACCUGGAGAU